AUGUCGCCACCCAAUCAAAAUUCAACGGGCGGCUCGUUAAAAUCCGAUCCAUCACGGUUAAAGAUGUAUCGAUGUCACAAGCGGCUCGAUUUACAGCAGCAGCAUCACAAAUGCAAAAGCUACCGAAGAACGUUAUGGACCGGUAGCGCCGGUCAGAUCGCUGCUGAGUGUGUGCCACCCGUGGGCCACCCUCAUUGUGAACCCUCGGCACCAGGCGUGGAGUCUUCCAGUGGUAGUGACGGUUGCCAACGGUUGGUGCAAUUCGAUCCGGUGUGGCCACCGUACACCAGCAGCACCCAAAGUGGCAGUCUCCCCACCGUUGGCCGUCUCCGACCGGGACGACGCAUCUCGCAGCAGCUGUUUUGGACCGCCGUCCUGCUUCUGUGCGCUGGCUUUUGUACAAAGACCGGAUGUGACGAUACGGAGCAGUUCCAGAAAAACAGAAAAUUUACUCCUACAACCGCAACAGUCGACACCAUUCCAGCGCGCAUCGUAUGGGCAGCGAUUGAUCACGAUGCGGAGCUACCGUGCGACAUUACGGCACCGUCGUCACAGGAUGGCGUCAAGCUCGUCCUGUGGUUUAAGGAUUCCACCGGAAUUCCGCUGUACAGCUUGGACUCGCGCAGCGGUGUACCGAUUUCGGCCGCCCAACACUCCACCAUCGCGAACGAUCUGGGCCAGCGGUUGUUUUUCUCGGUCGGGGCAACACCGAAGGAGGCCCGCCUGCAGAUACGCAACAUCAAAACAUCCGACGGUGGCGUCUACCGGUGCCGGGUGGACUAUUUCAACUCGCCCACGCGCAACUACCGAGUCAAUUUGACGCUGGCUGUUCCACCAGAAGAACCAAGAAUAUUCGAUGCACAGGGUAAGGAAAUAUCAACCGUUGCUGGACCAUUUCGGGAGGGUCAUGAACUGUUUCUGUCAUGCCAAGUCUCUGGAGGGCGUCCACCGCCGCGCGUCACCUGGUGGCGAGAUGGUGUCGAAAUUUCCAGCACCAGCCAUCCAUCCGCCGUCGAAGGCACCUCGGCCAUGGUUAAUCAACUAUUCAUCAGCACCGUCACGCGGGACUUUUUCGGCUCGAAGCUGCAAUGCCGCGCGGCCGGUUCGAAGCUGGUGCCGGCCGUCUCGAAGGAAGUCGCCAUACAAGUACACCUGAAACCUCUGCGAGUGAAAAUCAUUUCCCCGAACGAGUUGCUGACAGCGGGUCGCCCGGUUCCGAUUCGAUGCGAAGCGUGGGGUUCCUUUCCGGCGGCGAAAGUCGUUUGGCUGCUCGAUGGCGAACCGCUGCGCAGUGCCGACAUUACGGUGCACACCGACAGCAAUGAUUCGAAUUUGACCUCCAGCAUACUGACGCUGCGCGUGACGGCGGAGAACGACGGUGCGGAGCUGACCUGUCGCGCUUCUAAUGCGUGGUUUUCCGGUGGUGCGAUCGAGGAUAAGCGCAUCAUAAGUGUUGCAUACGAACCGGUCGUAUCGGUGCAUCUGUCCAACGAGGAUCCGAGCCGGGUGAUAACGCGUGCUGAGGGUGAGAACGUUACGCUCAAAUGCCGUGCGGAUGCGAGACCACCGGUCACUUCCUUUUCCUGGUACAAAAACAACAUGAGGAUGUCCGGAGAAAAUGGGGAAACCUUGUACUUGACACAGCUGGAGCGGGAAAGUGCCGGAUCGUACGCUUGUGCCGCUUCCAACACGGAAGGUGAAACGCGCAGCUCAUCUCUAACGCUCAAAAUACAGUUUGCACCGCGUUGCAAGCCUGGCACGGAGCAAACGUCGGUCGGUUCGCUCAACAUGCACUCGCUGCACGUCAAGUGUGAGGUGGAGGCUGACCCACCGGACGGUGUACGGUUCAGCUGGACGUACAACAACACGCGUAACGUGUCACCGGUGCUAAACUCGCGCAUCAGUUCGCACGGGCUGGUCAGCACCAUGACCUAUCUGCCUCAGUCCGACUCGGAGCUGGUAACGCUGGCCUGCUGGGCGAUCAACAAUGUCGGCCGACAGACGGUGCCAUGUCUGAUACAUAUUUUACCUGCAAAGAUUCCAGAUGCGCCCCGGAACUGCGAACUGCACAACGAUACGGUGCUGGAGGUGGUGUGCCUGGCGGGCAGUGACGGUGGUCUAAUGCAGUCGUUUCUGCUCGAGGUCGUCGGUGGUGUGGCACCGCCCGCUUACAAUCUGGACUUUACCCGGGGCCCACCGACCGAGAUCGAUAAUGAAAUUUCCACCAUGAACGAUCAGGCCACAUUAGCACCAUUAUUCCGAAUCCAGGAGCAGAUACCGCAGUUUAAAUUGCACAGCUUAGAACCGGGCCGCGACUAUCAGCUGUUGGUGUACGCCGUCAACGCAAAGGGCAAAAGUGAUCCACCGUUCGUUAUCGAUAAAGUGCGCGUCGGGUCGGCGCUGGUGCCACCGUACGUGGAUGAAACCAUCAUCUCCGAGGAUCCAACACCGGCGGAAACUUCCCACCAGGACAAGCAGAAGCAACAGUCGCAGAUGGUAAUGUUUGCUGCUGUGGCGGCUGCCAUCGGUGUCAUCAUAGCGUCCAUUAUCGUUGCCGGGUUCGUCGCGAUAUGUAGGCUCAAGCGGCAGAAACCUCCCGAACCUCAGGAAGUUCGGAAGCGAAUGCGACCUGCCCGAACCGAUGUGCCAUCGAUGUACGCCGAGGACGAUGUAUUCGAUGAUGAGUAUCAGCGGCAGCUGGAUGUACGCUGCAGUCGUGCCUCGUCCACCAUUAGAAGUAGUCGUUACGUAUCGGAAGGAUUUGUACAGUAUUCACAACCUAGUCUUAAUGAUCCCGAUCUAAUAUUGCCGCGCGGGGGCGACAUCGAGUUCACCACACUAUCAGGAGCUUAACACACGCUGCAGGCUGACCAACGGACAC